UUGAAACUAGAUGAUCUUUGAGGUCCCUUCCAACCCAAACCAUACUACGAUUCUAUGAUUCUAUGCUUCAGGCAGUGCUGAGUGUCAUAAGUGUGUGUGGGAAACGGCAUUUGAGUGGGUCCUGAUGGAAAGUACUAUUCUUACUAGGGAAAAGCAUAGUGAAAGUCAUCAUCAGCCUCAUCAUCUUCACCAUCACCACCUGCUGCACUUGCAAAGACACCAAGGGGACAACAUUUGUCUUGAGACCCCAUUGCUUCCCCUCCCUGUCACCAUGGGGCAGAGUUUUUCCUGUUUCCCUUUUCUCUCACUUUCUCUCCUUUGGGUUUUUUUUUUUUAUCUCUAAAUUAACUUUGAAGUCAAUGUAUGCCAUCAGCUAUGGACACCAUGAAUAAUUUUUUGUGCCUUUAAGCCAGUGUCAACAUCCUUUGGUCAAUGAAUGGAAACUGCUCAGACACUACAAAGUUUCUGAACCUAUUUCUGGUAACUUUGCUUUUUGCCAUAACAAUUUACUUCAUGUCCACAAAGCUGCUAAUUUCUAGAGUGGUUUCCUUAGCUGUGUCUUGAACUAAUUUACUGUUCUUAUUCUCUGAUUUAAUAAUUUUAGUUAAGUUUUCAACUCAAGAUGAGCUUGUAUUGUGCAUUAUGGAUCAAUAUUUGGAAUUGUGCCUCCCAGCAUUUGGAAGCCUUCAACAAGUCUGUAUAAGUCAUUCUUCAUUUUGCCUGAAGUUGUUUGAAGAUCUUGUAAUUUAGAUUUCUAAAGUCCAAAUAGCAAAGGAAACAGUAAAAGAAGCUAGAAUACAUGAAGGAGAAGGAGAGUACAUAACAGAAGGAGCAAUGGUUGUCGUGUGCGUAUAUGUCCAUACAGCUGAAAUUGUCAGAAACUAUGACUGAGUUUUGUCUGUCUGUCCUGAAAGGCCAUAUAGAUGGAUGUUCACCAUCUCCUGAAUAUCAGGCUUAGGGUGUCACCCAGCAGAAUCAUUAUCUGCUCUUGCAAAAUUGGGCCAUAAGUGACUUCCAAAGGUAAGAUGGUUACUUAGGGAACCCCAUGAUCUUAUCUCAAUACUCCUAUUUCUGGUCUCUCAUUCUAGACAGUGGCCAAGCUGUACCUUUGGAAGCUGUAGAAAUCAAAUUUUUAUAUACUUUUGAUUAAGUAAAAAUGAACCACACACAAAAAACCCCACUUCUAUUUUGCUUCAGCCAAGUUAUUUUAAAAAUAAAUUUUGAUUUGCAAAAUGAUUCACUACAUUGGAAGAGUCUUAAUUAGAAAAUCCCUGCUGGCUGUUGAGUGCUUUCAGUUAUUCUGAUUAAUCGUAUACUACCACUGUGUGGAAUAAUUCUGCCACAACUUGGGGAGUCUUUUGAACAAUUUGCUGCUGCUCAGGGGUUCCCAAAAGAUUGAUUAUAAACUGAAACCAUCACAGGAGCAUGCAAUAAUAAAAAUAAUUCCGUGCUUUUUUAACUCUGACAGUUGCAAAGCCUGUAAAGAACUGGAAUAAAGACUGAAAUCUGACUGUAGAUACAGAGGUAAUAUCAUGGUGCUGUGGUCAACUUGCAGAACAUCGAUACUUAAAUCUGUAACAAACCGAUUCAUUAAGAAUUUGGCCUGCUCGGGGAUCUGUGCCAGCCUUGUCUGUGUGCCUUUUGACAUUGCUCUUAGUGCCAGUCCGCACUGCUGCUGGUGGAUCUAUACAAUGCUCUUCUGCAGAAUUGCCAAGUUUCUGCACAAAGUCUUCUGCUCAGUCACCAUCCUUAGUUUUCCAGCCAUUGCUCUUGACAGGUACUACUCUGUUUUAUACCCUCUGGAAAGAAAAAUAUCCGAUGCAAAAUCCCGAGACUUGGUUAUCUAUAUCUGGGCCCAUGCAAUAGUGGCCAGCAUUCCAGUAUUUGCUGUGACCAAUGUGUCUGAUAUUUAUGCCAUGUCCACCUGUUCCGAAUCUUGGAGUUACUCCCUUGGCCACCUGAUAUACGUCGUCAUCUAUAACAUCACCACUGUGAUUGUACCAGUGGCUGUGGUAUUUCUCUUUAUGAUUCUUAUUCGCAGGGCACUGAGUGCCAGCCAGAAGAAAAAAGUCAUCAUAGCUGCCUUAAGGACCCCUCAGAAUACAAUUUCUAUCCCUUAUGCGUCCCAGCGAGAAGCUGAGCUUCAUGCCAUGCUGCUUUCCAUGGUUAUGAUAUUUAUUUUCUGCAGUGUCCCCUAUGUGACUUUGGUGAUUUACCGCACCAUACUCAAUAUUUCAGAUAUUUCAGUCUUCUUGUUCCUCACUGCCAUUUGGUUGCCCAAGGUCUCUUUGCUGGCCAAUCCUUUGUUAUUUUUAACUGUUAACAAAUCAGUACGGAAGUGCUUAGUGGGGACAAUAAUACAGCUGCACCGAAAGUAUAGCAGGAGAAACAUUGUCAGCUCGAGUGAUGUGGUAGAUGCUAAUUUGGAGCACAGUGUCCGUUCGGGGAGCCAGCUUCUGGAGAUGUUUCAUAUUGGGCAACAACAAAUCUUCAAGCCAAUGGACGAUGAGGAGAAUGAGACCAAAUCCAUUUGCUCUAGUGACUUUCAUCAGAAAGAAAUUCCUACCACCAGUUUAGAGGUAGGAGAGACUUCGGUUCACAAAUUUAUACCACAGACGACUGCAGACUCUGCAGCUCAGGUGGUGCCAGCUGUGCCCACAGAAGCUAAUAUGGUAAAUGACAAAUACUCCAUGCAGUUUGGUUUUGGACCCUUUGAGCUGCCUCCACAGUGGCUCUCAGAAAACCGAAACAGUAAGAAACGACUCCUGCCUCCUUUGGGGAAUACCCCUGAAGAGCUAAUCCAGACGAAACAGCCUAAGUGUAAAGCAGAAAGAAAAAUCAGCAGAAACAAUAAAGUCAGUAUCUUUCCCAAGGUGGAUUCUUAGUAAGAACAGGAGCUUUAAGUGACAGAGGAAGGUCACCUUCUAUUCUAUGUGUGAUCCCAUGGAUCUUUGUUAUGCUGAAAUUUGUUACAGGCUGAUUUUUUUGUGCCAAAUAUAAACAAACAAACACACAAAAAGGAAACGUUUAUACAAGUGUUCCUUAUUAAUAUGUUUUCAUGAAAAUAACAUAUCAAAAGAUGGUGAUUCUUUUAUCUGUGAAAUCCCUACAAUGAUACCUGCCUGAUUAACUUCCAAAAAGUACCUAUGGCUUUGUGAACACAUAUGGCUGAAGUAUGGAAAUACUGCAGUCAGUUUGCUGGGAAACCUUGUGUUGUAUUCAAAUGGACUGUGUAUCAAAGUAACUUAAUAGGAAAGGCUGUAAGGAGCAGGAGACAUGCAAAAUGGGUAAGUCCUAACCUCCUGUAAAUAGACUCAGCAAGGUUCUGCACAUUUCAUUAAUGAAAUAAGGUGGAGUAUUAAGUACAUCUAUUUUCUCUUGAACACAUUUCUUAAAUCAGUAUUAAAAAUAAAACUUGCUGGACUUUUUGCAUAAAUUGGUUACCAAGUAUCUGCCAAACAUCUGAACUUUUUAAAAACCUAAACCACUAUUUUUUGGCUUAAAACUUCAGCAAGCCAAGGAUAUCCUAAUUGUCAUGUGUGUAAAACCUAAGAAAGACCUUUGUUUUUUAAAAAACAUAUAUUCUUGUAGUUUUAAGUAAAAACUGGAUUGGAGACCAUGCAGGACAAAUUCUGACUCCAGUAAACAAAUACGUAUAUGCCAAGGGCAUAAAUAGAACACUUUGCUCCUGUGAUAAAGGGCAUAUACAAACGUCCCAAGAGUGUAAUGUGUGUAUUGUGUAAGUAACCAAGGGGUCAACCUUAAAAUAGGCUCAUCUGCCUGUGCACUCUGCUGUUUCCUUAUGGGAAAGCUAGCAAGUGAAAGAAAUGGGUCAGAAAUGCUAGUAGCCUUGUACUGAACUGUUGAUGAGGAAGCUGAUAACAGACCCCAAAAGGCAAGGUUUAUUCAUGCCGUUGCUCACUAUUGUCAGAGGUAGGGAGGUUUUCCUUCUACCUUCACAGAUAUAGAUACCAGCCAUCCUACUCCACUCGUCUCGCAGAGCAGACCACUCGGUGUAUGAACAGGAGACUUUUAAAUCUGGUACUUAAUUCCUGAGUGAAUCAGCCAUGCCGUCCCUGAAAGGCCAUCAUAGACCAGCACACCAGCCUUUCUAUGAGAGUUCAGGCAUCGUACUGCAGCCUGCCCCCCCUGCAUCAUCACAGGCAUAUUGUCUUGAUUAUACUGACUGUGACUUUUAGCUAUAUCAGUCUGUUAGAUGACCUGAAAUUAUUGUAACCCUGGCAUUUUGAUCCUUGUUCUGUUGCAAGUAGUCUUUCCUUCUUCCUUGUCUGUAUUCACUGUUGUCUCUGUGGGUAGUUUCUUAAAAGCACAAGCUUGUGACAUCUGUGUACGCCUUGUGGUUCUCCCGUACUUUAGCCCUUUGGUGCAUGCUGAACCUUUAUCUGUAGUUACUGACUGUUUAUGACAGUAGUUUUCUUUAAAGCAUACUUUUAAAAGGACAAGGUGAAGAAUCUUGCCAAAUUCACAGUAUCUUACUAAAACCAACUGGUUAAUGGCAAAAGUGAUAAAAAAUUCUGCUGAAGCAGAAUUUGGAGAUGUACCUCUUCUUCCUUUGACAUGUUUGAAGAAAGUCAGCAUUCCAAUGGCUCCAAGGUGGUGGAUUUCUACAAGGCAUUAAAGCAAAUAUUUUAAUACAAAUGUAUUUUAAAAAGUUUAUAAAUUACUGUGUAAAUGAUGUUUUUCUUCCUUUCCUCUUUGGUUUCAGUGCUCUUCACUUCUUGCUAGUUCUAGAACUUCUCAGCUUGGGAGUGAGGAGCAGUCUUCAAUGGCUCCAGAUGGGUGGUGGGAACCCCAGCUGCCCUGCUUCUUACGUACAGGGAUGAGAAGGCAGGCAUAGCUUGCCUGAAAUCAGACAGAAGAAAUAUUCCAGGAAAAAGUGUUUCUUCUGUGGCAGAGGUAGAGAAGUACCAUAGCAGACAUUUUUUUUAAGGGUUGAUAAAAAGUAGUUCAAUGGAGUGUUUGUUUUUUCAAAGUUAGUGAAAGAACGUUCAACUCUCACAUUGAAUGAAAUGCCAAUGAUAAAUUCAAAAAGCCAAAUUGCAUAGAAUUUAAUUUUAUCAUAUCUGGAAAGCAAGGGGUUUGUGGUGGUUUCCGACUGUUGAGAUAAAAAUAUCUUUUUCUUUCAAAGAGGACACAUGUAAAAACUUGCUUGUAUUUUUUUUUAGCACAUUAUAUCUGAAAACAUUGAAACCUUUCACCAGCAAAUUAACUAAGAUGGUUUUCCAUACCUGAAGAAUUAUUUGGGAAUGUUUUAUUUUAGUCCCUCUUUCAACGGUUUAUCCAUGUUAAUGUUUAAGGGAAGUAGAAAAAAUACACAAAAAGCACAUCUUUGCAUAGAAAAACUAAUCUGUGUAAAAUUAAUAAUACAGCCUCUGGGCUAGAAUUGUCAUCAGAAAACAGUAAUUCAGGAGACUCUUUAUGCAAGAUGGAAUAUUUGACUUGUAGAAUUUGAUUUUUAACUUCACCUAAGACAGUGGUAACUUUGAGUCAUUACUGCUGUCUGUUGGCUUGUUGUUCAAAUGAUUUCUACUGGGCAAAAUAUUCUCCAUCCAAUAUAUAAAAAAAAUAAAAACCAAGACUUGUUUUUUUCUUCAUUAUCCCAUUAAAGAUAAGCAAAAGUGUUUGUUUGGGUUUUCUUGUUGUUGUUGUUUUGUUAUGGUGGUUGUUUUUAACCACCACAGGUGUUGGGAAGGUAAAUUUUUCUCUCCAGAUUAUUGAUGAAAGAAAAUGAAGUACAAAGCAAAGCUGUGGGAAUUGAAGAAGUGAAAGCCUAGGGUAAUUUGGCCUGUGCAAAUAUGUGUAAAAGCUAAAUAUUACUACUGGAGAAUAAACUUGGAGGAAGGAAAGUUACAACUCAUUAUUCUAGCACUUAGGGGAGAAAAACAGAAAAUGGAGCUCAUAUUAAACAAAGGAAGAAAUCCUUUAAAAAGGAUGAAAACACUAUGGGGACAAUGUCAAUUUACUGUUCCUAGAUAUCUUCAAGAAAUAUUGUUAAAUUCAAACAAACAUCAUGUAAAAAUUAAAAAAACCAACCCCAAACCACACAGUCCUUCAGCACCAAGUAAUGCUUUAUUGGUUGGCUACUUGGGAACAAUGUAUUUUGCACAAUGGGAUAAACUUCCAGAGAAAAGCUGUUGUUUCUAGAAACUUCCCAAGUAUCCUACUCUAUAACGGAUCUAAUUGUUGUUAAGCUGUAGUAAUUUAAUGAAUGCAUUUGUUCUGGUUUUAAAAAUAUACCUAUAGAUAAUUUUUUGCAGAAGAGGCUGGCUGGAUUUCUGUAAUGAGUUUUCUUCUAUUCUGCUCCCUGUUUCCUGGGAAAAUAUUCCUGUAUCCAUUGCCUGUAUCUUGAAGAAUGGAGAGGAAAGUCAGGCUGUGGUUCCAGAUCAGUAGGGCUGGGACUUAGCAGCUGGUUCCAGCUAAACAGGAGCUGUCCCCUAGCUGCUGUGAAGGUCACCAGCUCUGGAGGUGAUUACUGGUCCCACAGAACUCAGGUAGUUCCUCUCAUUCAUUUCACCUGACCUCGCACUGCAUAAAUUGGUAAAGAAUGUAAACAUAAAUAAAGCAAAAUCCCUGCCUUCUAAUCUUAUCUAAGUUACUGUGUAAUUGUGCUUUAAACGACGUAGGAGUCAGUAUGAGAUAAUCAAUGGUUCUUCUUUUUUUUUUUCUUUUGCGCCAUAAAGGACUCACCCCUCCCAAAAGAUAUUGUUGAAAUCAUCGCUUUCAAACUUAAAACAUUCUUACCUCUUCUUAUUUUAGUUGAAGUGACUUUGUGCAAAGUAGAGAUAUUAACAGGAUUUCUAAACAAGUUACAAUGAUGUCUUUAAUGAUCAAACUGAGACCACAAGUUUAGUCACUGCAAUCUCCAGUAAUUUGUUAUUCAAGGACAGUUUAGGAAAACACAAUGCAACAGAACGCAUCUUGUAGAAAAUUGCAGAACUCCAGCUGCAGAUGCUUGCACUCAUGAGCAAGUUGAUUCUUCCCUGGAGGACACAGAGGGGGAACAGCAGGAACCAGCCCAAAGUGGUCUUUGUUCCACAUCUGGUUUUAAGCUGCUAAACCAGCCAAAGGUGGUGAAGAGUAUGUGGAGGCUGAUUUUUCUGAUUGCUUUCUUCAGGGACAACAAAACAAGAGUGGGAUACAGAAGGAUUCUUCCUCUCAGUGGAAGCACCUCUGCACGUGCAUAGGAGUGCCCCCAAUUUCUGUAAAACUGAACCCUCUGCUUUUUGCCUGGACAAUAUCCUAAGCCACAGAAGAAGGUCCUUACAGACUUGCAGGAUCUCAUUCUUCUGGUCUCUUUGCACCUGCCCGGCAGCAAACUCCAACACACUGCACCCCACGGCACUGAGACGUUUCAGCUCAACACAAUCCGUUUUGAGCUCCUGCUUCCUAAACUCUGCAGUUUUCCAGCAGAAGAAGAUGUGGCAGCGUGGAAGACAGUCUUGUCAAGACAGGACCUUUCCCAGUGCAAGUCAAAGAAUGAAAACCUGGCUUUAUUAAAUACAAUGGCAGUUUUACCACUGAGUCUGGACUCAGCAUUUUAGUUUAGCCUUCCCUCCUUAGCUGAUGGUUACGAUGCUGUACCACUAUUGCUGAUGGAGCAUACUGCAGAACUCUACUCAUCCUCACCCAGGGUUUCUGGAAAAGUUGGAGUAUGGCCCAAUAUUCCUGGGUUUUUGCCCUUGACUUGGCACAUGCCAAUCAACAGAUACAUAGUCUAUUUGUCCUUUGCUCGAAAAGGGUCUGUUUAUUCCCUUAACGUUUAGGGGAAUUAAUAUAAUGAAAAUUAGCUGUGCUUGUCCUGAUGCGAGUACUAGAACUGUUACUGUCUACCUUAAAAAUAUUGCCUAUGGUAAAGUAAUGCUACUUCAGGUGAGUACACAAAAGGAUGUUAAAAACAUCACAGACAAAUAACUAAUAAGCAUUAAACAAAAGUUGAUAAUUUGCCCUCCAACCUGUAUGAGAAUGGAAGUGUUUUUGCUAUCUAUUUGUGUAUUAAAAUGCUGUUCUGCAGAGGUGUAUGAAGAUCAGCAGUACCAGGAGCAAGUUGCCUAUAUUCCCCCCUGCCCCCCAUUUGUGUUUCUUCUUGAUUGUAUUAGGAAGAAAAGGAUAAAUUAAUUCUGUUACUAUGGUGACUGUGUUCUGAGUAUCAAGACAGCUUGUCUAAAUGCAUCUUCAUCGUGUCGUAACCUGUCUUUUAGGAUGUAAAGCACAUCUUGGAGUGCUUUUCUUGCUGUGCCCUUCUUAGACAUGAGAGUUUUCUCCAACUCAACCCUUAUUUUUUAAAUCAUCAUACUUCAGAGAAGUAUCUAGUUUAUCACGGAACAAAUCUGACCUAUUCCUAGAAAGGCAAAAAAGGAAAUCACACCCUUUGUUCUGCUUUUCUAGUUCAAACUUCAUUGUAAAUACACCUGCCACCUAUAACAAUAUUUGAGAUUCUGUAGUAUGCAAUGAUGUUUACAAAGUUCAGUCCUUUUAUUGGAGAUGAAGAUUCUUCUGGCUCGAUCUGCAGGAUUUGUGAUGAACUCUGAACCUCUUCUUUUCCUCUCUGAGUCUUCUAGGACAUGUAACACUCACAGAUGCGAAGAUCAACUGUGGUUUGAAAUAUCCCUGCUAAGCCAUUGUUACUGUCAGGUGUGACAGCCUCAUGGAAAACCUUCACUGAUGCUAUGUGGACAAGCAGCAGCAGUAAGGGGCCUAUUUCUGCUCCGCUUUCAAAGGAGUUUUAUGUCCGCUUGUUACCACAUGCAGAGCUGGACACUCUCCUUUCAUGGGCUCUUCUGAGGCUGUAGGCAGUCUGUAAUAUGGGAAGCUGAUAGCAAGUCGAACUCUGUCAGCUGUUGAGCAUGUACACUCUACUGUAGAACUAAAUAAAUAUUGGGGUAUUUA